CGUGGUUCAGCCAUUUUGACACGGGAGCGCACGACCAUGGAGCAUCUCCUGGACCUCUACCGGGAAAUGGAGCCGGUCGAGGUGUUUAUGGCCGCGCUCCGCGCCUCCCACGAGUACCUCUCGAUCGAGUUUCAAGACGCGGUCGUGGCCGAGAUCUUCCGCGACCCGAUCUGCGAUGACUUUGCGCCCAAGCAAGCGUACACGUACCGCAUCAUCAAGAUGUAUGUGCACGAUGCGGAAAUGGCCGGCGGCGACAUUUCCGACGAGCUCAUGGCCGAGCUCAUGGCGCGCAUCUCCAACAACAAGUGCUUCAACAGCCUCGACGAAUUGCACCACGUCUCGUACCGGCUGCGUCAACCCAACGCCUCGCGUCACGAUGUCAUUACAUGCCGCGUUGCCACCGCCCACAAUGAAGUUGGCAUGAAGCUUUGGGAAGCGGGCUUUUACUUGGCCGAGUAUGGCCUCGCGCACCCCACAGCGUUUGCCAACAAGCGCGUGAUCGAGCUCGGCGCCGGCGCCGGCUUUACCGGCCUCGUGCUCGCGGCCAACGCCGCGCAGCCGCCGGGGCACGUACUCGUGACCGACUACGCGCCCGUCGUUCUCCAAAACCUACGGUACAACGUCGAGCUCAACGCCUUCCGAGGCAUGCUCGCGCCGUGCCCGGUGACCACCGCGGCGCUCGACUGGACCAACUGGACGUGGGACGACUGCGAGAUGGCGUUUGAUGUGCUCAUCGCCGGCGACUGCGUCUACGACGUCCGCUCGUUUCCCGACCUUAUGCGCGUCCUUGCGGCCUUUCUGAAGCGACCUCGAACGACCGCCAUCUUUGCCUCGACGAUCCGCAACGCAGCGACGUUCCAGGCCUUCUUGGACCAGCUCCACGCGCACGCGAUCGACUACACCGAGCUCCCGUGCGACUUUCCCGCCUUGUUUACGUAUGCGAACCGCGACUCGAUUCGGCUCACCGAAUUGCGCGCUGCAACACGACAGUAAACAGCAGCGAUCUUGUCGUCUUGUGGAUCAAGCCUUGUCCCUUUGCGUGGGCGUAUCUGGCACCUAGUCCUUGCACUGAAGCGCCAUGCAUUGGACAGGGAUAUUUAGUAAGCAAAGAGCCCCGUGCACUCGAACGUUCCUU